AUGCAAAGGCUAAGCCUAAAGGAGAGACAGUCGUACGUCAAAAUUCUCAUCGACUCCGACCUGAAGACAAGAUUGUCGGUAGCCAUCAACGAAACCACGGAAAUAUUCGGAGAGAACAGCUGCAUCGAGUUUCUCCAAGAGGAUAUGAAUCGACGUUACCCGCUGGUGACGAGACGUCUAGAAUACUUCAAAAGACACCAAGAAGAGGGCGAAACCUUCACGGAUUUCGUUGCGAAGCUGAAACAACUUGGAAAACUGGCCAACAUCAAAGACUUACAAGAGGAGGACAUACUGGUGUUCAGCUCGUUGUGCGGAGCGAGAGAUAAGCAACUGCUCGAUGACCUCCUAAAAAUCGAAGAGCCCACAAUGAAGGUCAUCGAAAAGACAGCCAGUAUGUUCGAGGGAAAGACGAGCACCAAAGCAAAGUUGGAAACACCUAGCAAGACAAUCAUGAGGAUCGACGAACGGAAUCCAAGACGAAAUCCAGGAAACGGACACCGCCCCAAGAAAAACGAACGGGCAGAAACGAACAGAAGACCAAGCAGAAACGAACGGAUCGAACGACCGUGCAAGAGGUGCAACGAGGAUCACACCACCACGAGGUGCACAUGGGAGGACACUUGCGUCUGUUAUCAAUGCGGGAGAAAGGGGCACAUCCGACCCGCUUGCCCAGAGAAACCGAAGCCGAAGCCAAUCCGAGAAAAAGCAAAGCCGAAAAUCAACGCCGUUAGCGCCCGUCGUGACUCAUCGGCAAGCUCCUACGAAUCGGAAUCCGAUUGA